GAAUCGUGGUGUUACAAAUCAGAGCUGAAAACCGAGAUGAAGAUGUUUGCAUCGCUGCCAGUUUAUAUCGUAACCACUCUAUUUGCCUUUGGAUGUGUGUCAGGUAUUUUAAAAGCUGAGUGUGGUGAAUAAAAGUCUUCUUACUAGCCACGUAGCCCAUUAGGCCGGUGCCCAUCUACGGUUUCUGAAGCAUCAAGCGACUAGGAGUAUUUCUCCUCUCCUCUCAGGGAUGGAAUGCUAGUCCAUCGUAGGGUUACCGCCAGCAUCAAAUUCGCCGGUACCCAUUUAUACACCUGGGUGGAGAGGCACUGUGAGAGUACAGUGUGUGUUGCCCAACAACACAACAACAUAAUGUCCUCGGCCAGAACUCGAACCCGUACAGCUCGAUCCGGAGACGAGCGCACUAACCAUGAGGUCACCGAGCCACAUAGUGACUGGGUUUAGAAAAUUGCAGGUCUCAGAAACUUUUGAUGCCAUUUUGAAAUCUCGGAACGUUAAUGAUAAGUCACGAAGUCUCGUUUUUCUGUGUUACAUUUGUCUCUGAGUCUAAAAUCAUUCAAGUCAGAGAACUCUCGACUAGAGAGAACUAUAGUUUAUGUUCCAGCAAACCAGCUUUCUUAAUAAUUUCAUAACCUUGAAUAAAGUGAGCAGUCGUACUUUAAGAAUAAAUUUUCAGAUGUUUAAAACUUUGGAGGCUUUAUGCUUUCAAAAAAAAAAACAAACAAAAAAACAUCAUGCAGUUCAAAAGUCUGUAAAAUCACUGGCAUUCUCCUUCAGUUCCUCAAAUUAGCCUGUGUUUGCUAUUUUGUUUGCUUUUGAGAGCACUAUUUCCGACUAAUUCUCACUAUUUUCAAUUUUCUUCAGCAUUGCCACGUGUGCACAAGCAUCCAAGAAUUCUGCCUAGAGUGGCCAAGCAGGAUUCCUCAUCAGAUGGACGUUGUGACUUUUCCUGGCAGUUUAUUGAAGAGACUUCCCACUGUUACUUGGUGACUGGACAUGCCAAGUCUUGGAUCGACGCUCAAAACGACUGCAAAGACCAGAAAGCAAACCUGGUGACGAUAGAGAGCGCUGAAGAGAACAACAAGGUGAAAGAACUAAUCGUUGCAGCAGAUCGUGCAAAGGCUUGGAUCGGAUUGAAAGCAUCCCUCGACUGGGUCGUCUCUUCAAAUUCAGACUACGCAAACUGGGCUUCAGGUGAACCGGAUGGGCAAGCUACAAAUCCGUGCGUAUGGAUGUAUGGUAAAGAAGAGCCUCAAGGUUUUUGGGAUGCUGAUAAAUGUGAUUUGGCCUCAGAAAUUGCCGUUGUCUGCAAGAAGCCGCCCAGUUAUUGA